GCGGGGCUAAGGAAGCGCGCACUCCCUAAACAGGCGCUGCGGCAGAGCGCGCGCAGUCCGAGACACUUGAUUCCAUCAACAUCAUCGUGUACAGGACUCAUUCUUUCUCUUUUAUCCCCUUACCAAGUAUUUAUACUCUUCUAUUUCAAAUCUCCCAGGUUUGCUCCUCUCAACCCAUAGAAGAAGAAUCUGAGAGAGACGAAGCUGAUAUGGGUGAAGGGACAUUGGAGCUACCCACAGUGUACAUGAUUUUAGAUCUCCUGCCUGACAUUAACAUGACCAACAGUACCAGAUUCACAGAGGAGAUCCUGUUCUCUCUGUACUUCCAGCACUCGCUGGGCAUGGCUGCAGUGUUCGUCCUGGCCUAUCUGUUCAUCUUCCUGCUCUGUAUGAUCGGUAACAGUGUGGUGUGUCUCAUAGUCCUGAGGAACCGGCACAUGUGGACAGUCACUAAUAUCUUCAUCCUGAACCUUUCCAUCAGUGACCUGCUUGUGGGCAUCUUCUGCAUUCCCACCACUUUGGUGGACAAUCUCAUAACAGGCUGGCCAUUCAGUAACAUAAUAUGCAAGCUGAGCGGCCUUGUGCAAGGAAUGUCUGUCUGUGCGUCCGUCUUCACACUGGUGGCCAUCUCAGUGGACAGGUUUCGCUGUGUAGUUUACCCCUUUAAACCCAAACUAACGCUUUUUGUGGCAAAGGCAAUCAUUGGGAUGAUAUGGCUGUUGGCUCUGGUCAUAAUGUUCCCCUCGGUCCUGAUGUUGACCGUCCAGCAAGAACGAAGCCACUUUAUGGUUCAAGAUGACAAUUACAACCUGACGUAUCCUCUUUAUUCUUGCUAUGAGACCUGGCCUGAGCCUGAGAUGCGGAAAGUGUACACCACAGUGCUGUUUGCCCAUAUUUACCUGAUUCCCCUCAUUCUUAUCAUCCUUAUGUAUGGCUGCAUUGGAGCUAAACUGUACUCGACCACCUUCCUGGUCAAGGUGAAGCAACCUGACGGUACUCCUCAAGGGAAGUCACCUGUAUCGCACAGGAAGAUCAAAGUCAUCAAAAUGCUCAUUGUUGUGGCCCUUCUCUUCAUGCUGUCCUGGCUGCCUCUGUGGACCUUGAUGCUGCUGACUGACUAUGCACGUCCUGAAGGAGACCAACUGGAUCUUCUGACAGGUUACAUCUUUCCUGUCUCCCAUUGGCUGGCCUUCUCCAACUCUAGUGUCAAUCCCAUCAUCUAUGGCUACUACAACAAAAAUUUCAGGCACGGAUUUCAGGCCGCUUGGACUCAUCGACCAUCCUGCUGCUUGGACGGGUCUUCACAGGCCCGUCUCAGGAGGGUUAAGAGGGGCAACAAGACUUGCUCCCGCUUGGACAAAGCUUUCAGUUCCAACGCUCUGAACCUGGGAGUAAGAAACAAAAUCUACACUGACAAUGACCUAACAGGUUGUGUGUGUCUGGAGAUGGAUCACAGGAGAGUGUUUGAAGAAACGGGAAGCUCAGGGGCAGAAGGGGGAAACCGAGGAACAGCGAUCAAAAGAGAGCUUCUGGAAGACAUCAAGAGGAUUUCUCCAACGGGACCUACAGUGGCCUGGGAACUUUGAGCGGUCCGCCUCAAACGAGGCACAUGGUCAUAAUGGAUGCUGAACAUCAGGUUUCUAUGAGCAAAGUUACUCCUACCAAUGAUGGAGGAAAGGAAUGUAAAUUAAAUUGAAAUGCAACGUAAGCAAAAAAACAAACAAACAAAAAAAACAAGCAGCAAAUUGCUUGUAUUAUUAAGACGACCUUUGUAUACAAGUCUCAUACUGGUAAAGUAUAUAGCAGACCAGGCCUAACAUGCCUGGAUGCAGAUAAUUUAUCACAUAAUUUACCAGUCAGGUAACAGAAUAUAAACUCAUGGAUAAAUGGAAUUGUGUAUUUGCAUCAUGGGUCUCACAACCCAUUUUUCAUUCCUAUAGUGCUACAAAUAGUGUGAUAAUGUUAGUUUUACACAUAAUGAAUGUCCAAUCUUUGAUUACAUAAGAACAAAAUGAAUGUAUUUACUUUCAAAUGAGAAAAAUAUGCUUCCCACCAGACUCAUUAUUCAUAGGUGGUGCUUCAUUAGCUUCGGUAGCAAGCCUUUCACUUUUCCUGCCUUGCUCUGGCUUUCCCUUCUCUCAUGCAUCAGAAAACCAUUAGCAAAUGUAAACAUUGGUGUGUAUUUUUUGAGCCUGGUUAAAAUAAUGAAAGCUAUGUUGAUAACAGUAAUGACAGGUCUAACUGCAGUAAUUACAGAUCUGUUCAAUACAAUUUACAGGCCUGUUCACACUAACGACAGGUCUAAUCACAGUAUUCAUAGGACUAGUUGCAGUAAUAACAGGUCUAAUCACAGUAUUGACAGAUAUAAUCACAGUGUUGACAGGUCUAGUCACUGUAAUGACAGGUUUGUGUACAGUAAUGACAGGUCUAAUAACAGUGUUGACAGGUCUAGUCACAGUAAUAACAGGUCUAGUCACUGUAAUGACAGGUCUAGUCACUGUAAUGACAGGUCUAAUCACAGUAAUGACAGGUCUAAUCACAGUAAUGACAGGUCUAGUCAAUGUAAUGACAGGUCUAAUCACUGUAAUGACAGAUCUAGUCACUAUAAUGACAGGUCCCAUCACAGUAUUGACAAGUCUAGUCACUGUAAUGACAGGUCUGAUUACAGAACUGUCAGGUCUAAUCACAGUAUUGACAGGUCUAGUCACUGUAUUGACAGGACUAGUAGCAGUAAUGACAAGUCUAAUAACAGUUUUGACAGGUCUGUUUACAGUAAUGACAGGUCUAAUCACAGUAUUGACAGGACUAGUAGCAGUAAUGACAGGUCUAUUUACAGUAAUGACAGGUCUAAUCGCAGUAAUGACAGGUGAAAUUGCAUUAAUGACAGGUCUGUUCAAUACAAAUUAAAUAAUCUUAUACAAAUAGAUGGGCUAUGAGGUGUGUGAGAUAAUGUGCAUUCUUGUGGCAUAUAUUGGACCUCAUGAAAAUUCAUGACACUCCCACCAAAAUGUCCACAUUGCUAGAAGACAUCAAAAGCCAUGAAUGUCUGGCAUCCAAAAGGAUGCCAUGGGUCUUCCAUGAAAGUCCCAUAAACAUCCAUUUAGACCUGAGUGUAUAAUAGAAUGCCAUGUAAACUGUUUAUCAAAUGAAUGAUUUAUGCAUAAAAAUCUAACAGGCAGCCUGUAGAAAUCAGACUAUAUUCCAAUGUUUCAUUUAUAAAACUAUAACUGCAUCGUGAGCGAUUAUUCACUAUGAAAUCCCAUUAAAAUCCAAUACUCUUUUAUUUAUUCAUCUUCAGCAAGCACUUUGUCCUGCUCAGGGUUGGAAGAUCUGGAGCCUGUUCUGGGAGCGCUGUGUGAGAGGCAGGACUUCACCCUGGGAUUGACACCAAGCCUUCUCACACCUAUAGGGGCAAUUUAUCGUAGCUUUUCAGGGGGUGACAAUUAACCAGCGAAUCUAGAGAAAACACACUCACACACAUGGGAAACUCCACACAGACAGCAACCUGAGUCACACUAUCCAGCAUUCAAGGUGUGUGUGUUGAUUCACAAUGGGGUUCCAAUUGAAUAGCCACUGAAACAUUUCACAGAGAAUUUUCCAGAAGGGAAAAUUUGGAAUUGAGCACUAAUGUUGGUAAUGUGAACACAGGUCUGAAAUGGAAAGAUUAGCGUCUGAUGGGAAAAUAGGUAUUUAUUUUAAUAGUUAUACUUUUUUGCCACUCUAUAUUCCGUAUGAAUUUGGGAACUGAAGUUCAAGGGCAAAGGUCUUAGCUCUACAAUUAGAUUGCUCCAUCGACUUGCUACGUGGAACUGCUUGUUUGUUGCAGAAGUUUUAUUUUCCAUUAUGGCUUGCACCACUGGCUGUUGUAUUGCAAUUAGAUGUUUCCAUGCUCAUUGUGGGUUGCCAAUUGGUGUUGGCCGGACAUUAUUCAACAUUCCGCUCAGCUCAGUGGUGUUUUCACUGCUUUUGCAUCAGCUGCAUGGUGUAUAAAUCACAUCAUGAUGUUCCAGAGGCUAUUACCUCACCUGAUUAUGGUGUUGUGUCAUAUUUUGUACCUACACAGUGUUUUCCUGAUUGCUAUGAAGCACGGAAAGGUAAUUUUUGUACCACACCUUGACUUGACACCUCCUACGUGAGAAGUAUCGCCCAGCUUGUCCACCAACGCUGUCAAUGUGGACCCAUUAAGCAUACCCCUGACUAUGAAGAACAGGGUUGAAACGUUCUCCUUGGACUGUGGAGGGGGGAUUAAUUGGACAAGCCACAGUCACAUAUUGCUUAGGAACGUUCAGAUAGAGUUCAUCUUUGUUGAAGUUUAAAGUCGCAGUGUGCUGGAAGAAUGCAUGAGCAAGAUAAAAGGCGUGUCCUUAUUAUCCAACAAGCUGUGUGAGAUGUGCUAAUACGAAAAGAAAAAAAUCACUGUAUUUAAAAUUUUUUUUAAUGGUUUGUUUGGUUUCAUUUUUAAUAACAAUAUUGUGAUAGCAGACUUCAUUUGGAAUGUUUCAUGGUGAUUUAACACGCAUUGUAUAUAAUACUAGAGGGAUAAUCAUGUAUACCAUUUUCGAUUCAGAUUGGCCAGACGGUGUUGAUUCGUUUUCUCUGACAGCAUUUCUGCUUGCAAGGUCUAUAUUAAUAUACUCGUUCUAAUACGUUAUCAUGUCUGUAGUAAUAUACAAGUGUGCAAUUGCUGACAGUGAAGUGUUUUGUGAGGGGAUAUUUAUUUAUUAUUAUUGAUCGUUUAAGGAAGGAAUCUCUAGUAUCGGUGUUUUGUAACAGCCAAAGGUAAAGCUGAUAGUUCACCCAAAUAUUCUGUCAGUCAAUUACUCACCCUCAUGUCGUUCCAAACCCAUAAGACUUUCGUUCAUCUUCGGAACACAAAUGAAGGCAUUUUUAAUGUCUGCUUUUGCGUUCUCGUGAUACACCCGGACCCGGAAGCGCUACACAAACUGAGUCACAAAGAACAACCUUUGUAACAAAGUUUUUGACAUGGACGAGGACUUGCAUUUUUUUGUCCUUUCUCGAGGACUUUUUUUGACUGCUGCCAGGUCACAUUGCACCCAAGGAAAGCUAAAGUGCGCGCCAUUACCAUGGAAUGGAUUAUGACUCAUUCACCUGUAGGAUAGACCAAAUAAUGGGCCAUUGCCAUCAUCAGCGCUACUUCUCUCCAACCCACGGGUCACUGUGUGGAAGCACAAUGUCCUAUAAUACACACAUGUUCCCAGGAGAGGGAUCCGGGCUUAUUUAUCCCCCCCAGCUAAGCAGGAAAGAGGACCAAUUCGGAGCAGAAGUGAGUGUAGACCAAAUAGCAACAACCAAGAAUGACAUGGAAUAGGAUUUCUGCUUUUUGUUGCUUUCACAGGGAAAGUAUUAAACACAUUUCCAUAGAAGUGCUAAGUGCUUAAGUUUGAGUCAGUGACUGGGGUGUCAUUUGUGGGGUGUCAUUACUGAUAUUACAUUUAUAAUAAACAUUCAUGUAACAUAAAGGUGAAAUACAUUUAAACAUCGGCACUGUCGGGAGGGUUACUUUACAAAUGCAUUCCGUUACAGUUACAAAUUACUUCAUAAAAAAUGUCAAUCAGAAACGUAGUCCACGUCUCACAAUAUGGAAGUCAUGUAAUCUGAUUAUUUUAGGAUUACUUCAAGGUCAUCCACACGUGUACAUAAAGUCAAGAGAAAUGCAAUGUGAUCUAAAAUACUUGUUUUUUUUUUUUGUUUUUUUUAGAGCUUAUUUCAGAGCUUAAAAACAUGCUCAGUGUUUGGAUUUGUUCUAAUAAAAUAAAUAAAUAAAUAAAUAAUGACAAAACUUUCACAUCACAAAAGUUAGAGCGCCCAUAUUCUUGUUUUUCCCAAAAGAGGAU